UUUUGUUUUCAAAAUUAUUUUUAAGUUUUGUCAUUACAUACAAGUUUAAAAGUCGGAAAAGAAAUACAUUUCACUUGAAACAGUUUCCCAAAAAUUUAUAUUUGCAUUCUAACGCUCAUCUUUCGAAAAUGGGUAACGUGAUGGCGUCCACUGAAAGCGUAGGGUCCCCUCGUGGUCGUGGCAAUGUGUCCUCCGGAUUUGUCAAGCAGGAGGUGUGUAGCAGCUCAGAAAACGGAAUGCCGCCACACUUGGUCAAGGAGUUAGAAGUGGAGGCUAGUAAGAGUGAGCUGACAAAUCCCGGCACUGUUGAAGAACUGCACAGUCGCUGUCACGACAUACAGGCUAACACCUUCGAGGGCGCCAAGAUCAUGCUGAACAAGGGGCUAAGUAACCACUUCCAAGUAACGCACACCAUCAAUAUGAGCUUGUCGGCACCCAGUGGUUAUCGCUUUGGAGCCACGUAUGUGGGUACCAAGCAAUACGGCCCGAAUGAGGCCUUUCCAGUCCUCUUGGCUGAAAUCGAUCCAUUGGGAAACCUCAAUGCAAACGUUAUCCAUCAGCUAACCUCUCGACUGAGGUGUAAGUUUGCGUCGCAGUUUCAGGACUCAAAGUUGGUGGUAACCCAGUUUUCGGGGGACUAUCGCGGCAGGGACUAUACAUUAUCAGUGACAUUGGGAAACCCGGGCUUCUUGACGAACUCCGGUGUAAUUGUUUGCCAGUACUUACAGGCAGUCACCCAAAGUCUGGCUCUUGGAUCGGAGUUGGCCUACCAGUACGGACCUAAUGUUCCUGGACGGCAAGUAGCUGUUUUAUCGGCGGUAGGACGCUAUUCUGUCGAUGAUUCUGUGUGGUCUUGUUCUUUGGGACCUGGUGGCUUCCACCUCAGCUACUACCAGAAGGCCAGUGAUCAGCUUCAGAUCGGAGUAGAGGUGGAGACGAAUCUCCGUCUACAAGAGUCUACGGCUACGGUGGCCUAUCAAGUUGAUCUUCCCAAGGCAGAUCUGGUGUUCCGUGGCAGCCUCGAUUCAAACUGGCACAUUGCUGGCGUUCUCGAGAAACGCCUUCAUCCACUGCCGCUUUCGUUUGCCAUUAGUGGUCGGAUGAACCACAAAAAGAACAGCUUUCGGUUGGGCUGCGGGCUCAUGAUUGGAUGAAUCGUAUCCAUUCAAAUUAAAUAGAAAUUUGAAAGUCCAUUAAAACAGAAGGAUUUUAUUAAGACUAAAAAUGGGCGAGAAUACAUUAACUUUACAAGACCAUUAUACGCCAAGGUUGGCAAAUCAACCAUUCUUUGGUUUUUUGACUGUGCUUGGCUGCAAAAUUUAAAAUUUUACCGUAGAAUGUCAGCAACAGAAUAUAAAGUAUAGCAAUAAUUUGAUUUAUUUACUGACCAGCAAUAAUCAAAAAUU